CUUUUAUGCUGCUGUCCUUAUAUCAUUUCAUUCAGUUUCGAAGAGUCGUGCAACGAGAGCACUUCUGCCGUAGAAAGCUAUUCUGCGCUGUUUCAGAGUCUGGAGUUCUUUUGUGUGUAUAACUAACGUGGGCAGCAGCAGUAUAAGUCACACGAUGAGGAAUAAUUGUAACGCGCUUUUGCUGGCAUCGUUUGUGACUUGGUCGGGGGUGUUGUGCAGCACUGUAUGGGGCACCACAGAGGGCCAGGAAACACCUCUCGCACUUCCGGUGGCGGAGCAAACCCAGCCCACUACGGCCAUACAAGGCGAAGUAUGGGAGGAAGAUGAUCACGAAGUAUUAAUAAGAAACGAACGUGGCACCAAGAGCGACGGUUUGUCGUGCCGAUACGGCAAGAAUCCGUGGACUGAGUGUGAUACAAAAACUAAUACACGUUCUAGAACCUUGACAUUAAAGAAGGGAGACCCAGCAUGCGACCAAACGCGAACAAUUCAGAAGAAAUGUAAAAAAGCAUGUCGGUAUGAAAAGGGAUCCUGGUCGGAAUGCGCAUCCGGACAAAUGACUAGAGCUGAUAAAUUGAAAACGAGCAGUGAUCCGUCCUGCGAAGCAACGCGUGUCAUCAAAAAGAACUGCAAGCCCGGAAAGUCCAAGGAUAAGAGUGCCAAGGAACAGCGUAAGAACAAAGAUAAAGCUGCUCGCAAAGGACGCGUUUAAGUUAUUUCAUACUCGAUAAUUUUAAAUGCCCCAUGUUAGUUUGCAUCAAUACGAUGCAAAUAGUUUAAGUUGAACUUAUUUUUCAAUAAAUUCUUAACAGAAAAAUCGUAACGACAUUAACUGUCUGCUAUGUAUACCCAAAAUGCAUUUUAAUUAAUGCACAUAUUGAUUAAUGUUGUAGUUUGGUUUUCAAGCAAACGAUAAACUUAAUGUAAACGACAGUAUGUUCAACUGUAAAACGUAAUAGCAACUUUGCGGAAUUUAUCAUAUUUAUGCAAUGCAGAAUAAAAAAAAAUAUAUUCAUACAAUACCAUACAAACAUAAAUACCAAAUUAUUUAGUUAACUUCAAAGAAAAAAGUCAUAUGUACAUCCAAGCCAACAUCCAUCAUUCUCUGCAAUGAUUAAAACUGGAAUGACAGUUGCCUCUUAACUUGUGUGACUAUUUAAGCCCCUUCAUAAAUUUAGCAGAGUUGUUCUUCUAUUGAAUUUAAAUAAUAUUAACCGUAAAUCUAAUAUUAAAAAACCAAACAAUUAAUCUGAUUAUUGAUGUAAAAUUUUGGCAAAUAUCAGCUGCUGUAUCUCAUCUCAAGAAAACAAAGUGAGGAAAAUAAAUACUGAAAUCAAAGGGACGAUAAUGUUUCUCAUUCGCAGAUAUUAAAUUAAUAAAACACUUAGUGUAAAUAUUGUAAAAAAUAAAAACCUACUAUAGAAUGAAAAAAACAGAAAGUAAAAGAAUGAGACACGACGGUCUAAAUUACGGAUCCCGUCGUAGUU